AUGGCAGAUGCGUCGCUCUCUACUGGUUAUUAUUCGAUAAUAGUUGGGGGCAAGACUUUCAAGUUGUCAACUACUGCCCUUUACUCGGAUAGUCCUAACUAUUUUACCGAAAUAUUUUCGUCACCUUUAGAGGAAUCUCGUACAAAGACUAUGAUAAUUGAUAGAGAUCCAGUGAUUUUUGCGGAUAUCGUUAAACAUUUACAAGGAUAUAAUAUUACACCUCGGGAUGAGAACCACUAUUCAGACCUAUAUAGCGAUGCCAUAUAUUACAGUCUAUCAAAAUUGAAAGCUCAAUUACGGGCCACUUAUACCAUAAACAUCGGUGGAAAAGUAUUUCGUGUGGAUAGAGAAAUUUUGGAAACACGAGAUGCGCCAAAUUUCUUUACGCUUGGCUUUGUACAUGGCUGGGAUCCACCAUCAAACGCCCCACCCAUUCCAUUGACGAUAGCACCCCCAAUAAUCAAUCGUGAUCCUGACUUAUUUUCCGAUAUUCUGCGAUAUCUUCAAGGAUACGAGAUUGGAAUCAAAGAUGAAGUUCAUAGGCAAAACUUACUUAAGGAUGCUCGCUUUUAUCAUUUAAAAGGGUUGGCUGAAAAACUUUUAGCAUCUACAGUGACUGUAAAUGGAUUUGGUAAACAUGAUUGUGCAAAAAACGAGAUAUUAUUUCGGUUAAAAGAUAUUAGGACAUCUGGCGUUUUAUUGCCGGAAUGUAGCAAUGGUGAUGUCAUGAGCGAAGAAGGUAGUGUUAUUUCUACAGGAGCAACUAGUCACAUCAUGUAUAAAAAUAAGGAAGGAACCGUUUACAUCUUAUUGGUAGAGGUAAAUAACGCACAUCUCAUUUGUCGAUACGAUUCAUUGUCCCCUUGGCAAACUACCCCUACAAUAUUAGAGUUAGCAUUAUGUGAUAAGGAGGCAAAGAAGCUUAAGGACAUUGCUAAGGCAAUCAAAGCGACAGAAGAAAUUGAGACCAUUAUCCGAUCACCGGACAUAUGUGCCUUUGAAGUUGACGAGGUAAAAUGCACUUCGAAAACCUUGUUGAAUAUCGAUGAAUCGUCAGAUUUAAUAAAAGUAGAUGAUCAAGGAGGUAGACAUGUAGACUUAUUCGUUACAAAAGGAAUAUUAAGAUUAUUCGUAAAUAAUGAGAGGAAGAUUGAAAUGGAACUACUAAAAUGCGAGGUCUUUAGCUCAGAGAAAGGAUUCAAUGGAAAAAGAGAUUUCUUGCCUGCUGAUAAAAGAAUUGCAUUGUAG